AUGAAUUUCAUAUCAAUCCAAAUGUCAUUAACUAAUACUCUGUUGCCGUCGUUGUUGGGCCUUCAGGUGCGCGAAUCAGUGCUUCAGUUCGCCGGUUAUAAAGACCGUCAGAAGCGCCGAAUGAGUCUUCCGAUCGGCCGCUUCUCCGAGCGAUUGCAGUCAUCGGUCGGUCAUGCAGUCGCGUCCCACCGCUCAAGACGUAACUCAUCCACCUCUCAGUCGUCCACCUCUUCGUACACCGAGUCGUCGUCUGACGAGGAAAAUGAUUCCGGAGUUUCGCCCAGAGAUAAGAAACAACAGACCUCUAAGGGAUUCAACGAUUUUUGUGUCAAGAAUAUCAGCCAUUCGUCGUUCGGUCGCAGAGAGAUUGAAGUCGCGGAGAAAGAAAUGCCGGGAAUAAUGGCCCUCCGCUUACGUGCCGGUGACGACAAACCACUAAAAGGUGCCAAAAUAAUUGGUUGCACUCAUAUUAACGCCCAGUCAGCCGUACUCAUCGAAACAUUAGUGGCCUUAGGGGCGACGGUUCGCUGGUCUGCCUGUAAUAUAUAUUCAACACAGAACACUAUCGCCGCAGCUCUCGCUGAAAAU